UAACCAGGGGAGGGAGGCGCGCAGCGCAGUGGGCUCCUUUCCCUCGCAGCCCCCCCCACCCCUUUACCACCCCCCCCUUCCCUUCCCUUUCCCGAUGCUCUCCGAUGCGGUUGCACCGCCGGGGAGGAGAGGAGGAGGAGGAGGAAGGCGAGGAGGAGGAGGAGGAGGAAGGCCAGCGGGGGGAGCGGGUGCAGCCUGCGCGCUGCCGGGGAGCGGCGGGGCUGCGGGCGCGCAGCGAGCUCGGGCUCGGCGAGAGGAGGCUCCGAGGAUCCCCUGCUGACUCCAGGCAGAGGCAGGCAGAGGCACAGGCAACUCCUGGAGCAACUGGGAGCCCCUCUCCCCGCCGAGCUCCGGAGCCAUGAGCAGCGCCGUGGUCCUCGCCCACCUCCCAGACCACAGCAGCAGCUUCAGGGAAGACGCCCCCCGACCCCCUGUCCCGGGGGAGGAAGGAGAAGCACCAUGCCCGCAACUCGCCAGCUCGUUUCUCCCAAAAAGCCAAAGCUUCAAGGCCAUGCCGGUGCCUCCUGCCCCGCGGAGGAAUGAGAACGGACUCGGGGAGCCGGAGGGCAGCGCGUCCCCAGACUCCCCUCUGGCCAGAUGGACCAAAUCCUUGCAUUCCUUGUUGGGAGAUCAAGAUGGUGCCUAUCUUUUUCGGACCUUUCUGGAAAGGGAAAAAUGUGUGGAUACCUUAGACUUCUGGUUUGCCUGCAAUGGCUUCAGGCAGAUGGACCUUAAGGAUACCAAAACUUUGCGAGUAGCCAAAGCUAUUUACAAAAGGUACAUCGAGAACAACAGCAUCGUCUCCAAGCAGCUCAAACCUGCUACCAAGACCUACAUAAGGGACAGCAUCAAGAAGCAGCAGAUAGAUUCCAUCAUGUUUGAUCAGGCACAGACUGAGAUUCAGACUGUGAUGGAGGAAAAUGCUUACCAGAUGUUUUUAACUUCUGAUAUAUACCUCGAAUACGUACGGAGUGGAGGAGAGAAUCCCGCUUACAUGAACAGCAACGGACUGGGGAGCUUAAAAGUUGUCUGUGGCUAUCUCCCGACCUUGAAUGAAGAAGAGGAAUGGAGCUGUGCAGACUUUAAAAACAAGAUCUUGCCUUCAGUAGUCGGACUAUCCAGCAAGACGUUGAGGGUUACAGCGAAUGUCAGAGCUACGGAAACGAUCGAGAAUGGAUACAGGUCCUUCAAGAGGAACGAUCCUGUUAACCCAUACCACGUGAACUCUGGCUAUGUCUUUGCCCCAGCGACCAGCGCGAACGACAGCGAGAUCUCCAGUGAUGCCCUGACGGACGACUCCAUGUCGAUGACGGACAGCAGCGUAGAUGGGAUCCCCCCGUACAGAAUUGGGAGCAAGAAGCAGCUCCAGCGGGAAAUGCAUCGGAGCGUCAAGGCCAACGGUCAAGUUUCUCUACCUCAUUUUCCGAGGACCCACCGUCUUCCCAAGGAGAUGACCCCGGUGGAGCCAGCUGCCUUCGCCGCCGAGCUCAUUUCCCGGCUGGAGAAGCUGAAGCAGGAGCAGGAAACCAUGGACUGUCUGGAGGAGAGGCUGCAGCAGAUCAAGGAGGAUGAGGAGAAGGAGGGCUCUGAGCUCCCUGCCAGCCUGCAGAGCAGUCGGGAGAUGGUGAACCCCCAGCACCCCCAGCAUCCACUCUCGCUCCUGCCCUCGGGCAGCUACGAGGAGGACCCCCAGGCCAUCCUGGACGAGCACCUCUCCCGCGUGCUGAAGACCCCCGGCUGCCAGUCGCCCGGCAUGGGCCGGCACAGCCCCCGCGCCCGCUCCCCCGACCGCCUGCCCAUGGGCAAGCUGCCGCCCGGCACGGCCUCGCUGGCCGCCUGCGCCGUGGUGGGCAAGGGCUUCAUCACCAAGCAGACCACCAAGCACGUCCACCACCACUACAUCCACCACCACACCGUGCCCAAGACGAAGGAGCAGAUCGAGGCCGAGGCGGCGCAGCGGGUGCAGUGCUGCUGCCCGGCGGGCGGCGACUACUACUGCUACCCCAAGUGCAAGGGCCACCCCAAAAACACAGACCCCCCUCUCCCUCCGCUGGAGCCCUUCGGCAGGACGGGGACGCUGCUGAAGAGGCCGGGCCGAGGAGUGGAGAGCGUGGCCCCGCCGGCCGGGGACGGGGGGCUGCCUGGCCCUGCUGGGGUGCAGCUCCCCGGGGGUGAAGCAGACCGGGCGCAGAACGUCUGGCAGUGGAUGCUGGAGAGCGAGAGACAAAAUAAGCACAAGCCCCAUAGCACACAAAGCACAAAGAAGGCCUACAGCUCCGACUGCGCCAAGGGGGCCCCCGGCCGCCACCACCCGUGGGGGACCGGCAGCCACCCGCGCGGGGCACAGCCCGCCCACCCCUUCGUGCAGGACCCCGCCAUGCCCCCGCUCACCCCGCCCAACACCCUGGCCCAGCUGGAGGAAGCGUGUCGCCGCCUCGCCGAGGUCUCCAAGCCGCAGAAACAACGAUGCUCAACCUCAAAUCAGCAGAGGGACCGAAACCACUCCGCUGCCAUUCAGGGGGGAGGCACCCCUUUCUGCAAUGCAAGUCUAAUGACAGAAGAUCACAAAGAGCCAAAGAAACUGCCAGUUGUUCACACCUCUCAGUCCAGCGAGUUGGUUGUCACCUAUUUUUUUUGCGGAGAAGAAAUUCCCUACAGGAGGAUGUUAAAGGCCCAGAGCCUGACACUUGGGCACUUUAAAGAACAGCUGAGCAAAAAGGGAAAUUACAGAUACUACUUCAAAAAAGCGAGCGACGAGUUCGACUGCGGCGCGGUGUUUGAAGAGAUUUGGGAAGAUGAAACCAUCCUGCCCAUGGGGAGGAGGGAAGGAGUGACGUGAUGCCCAGUAUUUCUCCGAGUGAAGAUAAAACUUUUCUAAAGAAAUAAUAAUAAUAAUAAUAAUUAAUAAUAAUAAUAAUAAAAAGCCGAAAUAAAAAUGCUGUCCUACCAUUCAUCUAGAGACCGGUGCAUUUUAAUCUAUGCUGCUCUAAUUUGAAAUAAAGGUCUUAAGUGUUAACUCUGUUAGAGGCAAUACAACAAACAGGAACUUGUUAUUUUGUCCAUGGAUUUCGGCGGGGCCAGGAUUUUGCUUUGCUGCUGUCACUGGUGUCCAGCGCCUCUCAGUCGAGGCAAGGUAGAGCAAAACCCAGAGCCUGGGAGAGCUGUAGAAGGAGCCAUCCCAUUCCCAUUCCCGUGUUUAGCACACCAGAAGGUUUAAAACCCUGUGUGUAUCCCACAGAGCUAAUUUUUUUAGCCGUUCGAUGUUAGCACUGCUUGUGUUUCAACGUGGUGUAGCUACAACGGGGGUGUAUUUUCAGCUUCUGAGUCGUUGUGUGUGGCGGGUUUUUUUGGUUGGGUUGGUUUUUGCCUUGCCUUCACACCCACCUGAGGCCGUGGGAGAUGUGGAUGAAGCUCCGUGUGUGUGCGUGGGGUGGGUUUUGGGACAGAGAGAGAGAGAGAGAGGGGCCCUUUCCCGAGAAAGACCUUGCAUUUCGACAGUUGGGUUUUGUGUUGAUUAAGUUAAUCUGUGCAUUCUGUUUGCCAUUGCUACUUUGUGUAAGUCUGUAUAUAUUGUAGAAAAUGUAUGGUGAAAAUAUUAAUACACUAUCUCUAGUGUUUUUAAAAUUUAAUCAGUACAGUACCUGUGCCUGCAUGGUGUAACAGGCCAUGCGUCGCCCUAUAUUCAGGGUUCAAGCUUUCCCUUGUUUGUUUAAGGGGUUUAUGUAUAAAUAUAUUUUAUGCCUUUUAUUACAAGUCCUGUACUCAUGACUUUUGCCAUGGCAUUUUGUUCUACUUAUACUGUAAAUUAUGCAUUAUAAAGAGUUUCAUUUAAAAAAAAAAAUUACUUGGUACAAUAAUUAUUGUAAUUAAGAGAUGUAGCCUUUAUUAAAAUUUUAUAUUUUUCAAAUUAAUA